AUGAAGGGGUUUUUGAGGAAGUACAUCCGGAUGAAAGAAGAAUCUGGCAAAAGAAGAAAACUGCAACUGCUGGGAAGCAAAGCAUUAGUAAAUAAACAUAAUUCUAAAGGAAUAAACCUCGCCAACAUUUCUCAUAGAACUACUACUUCCAGGUCUAAAAGUGUGGGAAAGGUUCCUCAUUUGUUAAUGCUAUCUACGAAGAAAAUGAAAGAGAUGGAAAAGAUUGAUGGUUCUACUAUUUUUAAGGAACAAAAGUGGAAUCUUGAGACGUACACUAAAGAUGAUGCUAAGCAAUUAGGGGAUUACAAAAUCCCUUGGAUUUUGUUUCGCGAUGGAUAUGAAAAUGGUCGAAGAUUGUACGAUAAAUUCAACGGACGGACUUGUCAUCAAUGCAGACAGAAAACUCUAGGCCUUCGUACUCAGUGCAGCAGAUGCAAGGGGUCGACUGGGAUGUUAUGUGGAGACUGUCUAUACAUAAGAUAUGGGGAGAAUAUAAUUGAAGCAAAUGAGAAUGGGAAAAGUUGGAUAUGCCCAGUGUGUCGAGGAAUAUGUAACUGCAGCAAAUGUAGAAACAAGAAAGGAUUGCCCCCUAUGCCUUGUAUAUAUUCCAAGGCGCUGAGAAAUGGUUACAAGUCUGUGGCACACUAUCUUAUUAAAACCCACAUUGUUAGUAUCGGUGGUGAAGGAGAGACAACAAAAAAGGAAGCAUUUUGCCUAGCUAGUGAUGUUGGUGGUGGUUACAUGUUUAUAGAGUGCAUGUCAAAUGCUAUGUUGAUAUUUAUUGGUGCUGCCGGUAGUGGUGAUAAGUCACAUGUACCUGGUCACAGGUCAAUGGUCAUCAUUUGUGUGUCACAGGUCAUUGCCAUAGGUCACUGUGAAUAG